UAUUGCAUCAAGUUCCGGGUCGUGGGUCAUGUUUUGUAUGCGGCAGCUCAGCGUUGGAAUGCUAGCUUAGCUGUCCAUGAGCUUACAGAGCAAGUUUAAGGAAACACCCAAUGAUCAACCUGUAAAAGUCAAAGAUAAUAUCAUUUAUCGAUCAACGCUCCUGACAUGGUCUCCAAGAGAAGCCGGCGGUAACAAGCUGAAGAAGCGAGCCUGCGUCGUUGCCUGGUGUUUGUUAGUCUAAUAGAAUAUGGGAGGGCGAAGAUAAACAAUUACACAGUUUCGGAGGGGAGCCACCCACCAAUGUAUGAACAUAAAGAGGACCCACGACAGACGGAGCAGUCAGCGGGGCUCGAAGGAGGAACAACUGCUCAAACCAGGACCAGAGGAAGGUCGGUGAGUUCCGGAUCAGACACGAUGGGGGCCGUGAUGGGUCCGGUUCUACACUGGAUGCAAGAUGUGGCAGCUGUCACUCUUCUCAAGACCCGGCGGACUUUGUUCCAGGCUGCCAUCCUGUUUUGUGUCCUGCUUCUGCUCCUAUGGGUGUCUAUAUUUCUCUACGGGAGUUUCUAUUACUCCUACAUGCCCACGGUGAGCUUCUCCACCCCUGUGCACUUUUACUACACCGCUGAUUGUGAUGCCUCAGAGUCAGGACUUUGUUCGUUCCCCAAGGCCAACAUCUCUUUCAUGAAGAAUAACAGGGACCAGGUGAUGGCUUAUGGUCAGCCGUAUCGCAUAUCUUUGGAUCUGGUGAUGCCAGAGUCUCCGGUGAAUGAACAGCUGGGUAUGUUCAUGGUCAGGAUGUCGUCUUACACAAAAGGUGGGAAGAUUAUUACAUCAGUGGGAAGAUCUACCAUGCUGCAUUACCGCUCCAGCCUCCUGCAGACCCUUGCUACUUUACUCUUCUCUCCUAUUCUCCUGACGGGAAUGACUGAGCAGAAGCAGCUCAUAGAAGUGGAGCUCUUCUCAGACUACAAGAUGAAUGCUUAUCAACCCACUGUGGGUGCAGUCAUUGAGGUCCAGUCAAAGCGGGUGCAGAUCUACUCAUCCCAGCUCCGUAUCCACGCUUACUUCACGGGUAUAAGAUAUGUUCUGUACAACUUCCCCCUCACAUCUGCAGUGGUCGGUGUGGCCACCAACUUCGCCUUCCUCAGUGUCAUUGUGCUGUUCAGCUACCUGCAGUUCAUAUGGGGUGGGCUCUGGCCUCCAGAUCAGGUUAGAGUCAGGGUCAUGAUGGGAGACAGCACCCGCAUCAAGCAGAGGAGAGAGGAAGCUAAGAAGCGCAUGGAGAAGGAAAACUCCCAGAAAGAACUUGAUGCUGCCGAAUCAAUUGGAUCUGUGACUGUGGCCUCUGAAUCUGAGUCUGAGAGAAACGCCUCAGCAGCUGAGCAGUCUUCAAAAGAGCUCUCUGUGGUCCCAGAAGCCUCUGGGGCUGAUGAGCCAGAUUCCAAGGAAGAAGAAUCUCAUGAUUCUGAGGGGCUUGAGGAGCAGGACAGCCAAGACGGGUCAGAGGGAGGCGAGCUGGCACAACUGGGUGAGACAGCCCUCCGACAAAGACCUGGACCCUGGAUGAGCCUGUGAACCCUUCACUCUUAGUAUAAGCUUAAAUUUGCAGCACAAUGACCCAUCUCUCUUCACUAGAUUGAUCUGGCAAAUAUUGAUUGUCUCACACAAACCCGCUGAUUGUGCUGUGCCACAUACAAAUGCAUGAAAAUAUUAACACUUGUCUUGCUUUAGCUAACAAACGACACUAUGUUGUCAUGUAAUGAGAACAGUUUACCUCCCUUUUACCUUGACCUCUACUUAUUAUGUCUCCGUUUUUUAUGUUAUAGCACUUAGACAGUCUUGUGUUUGUGCCAUCUGAGCUCUGAAGACCUCCAUAGCAUGUAUAUUACAUUCCAGCUCUGACUUAUAGCACAGUAUCGCCUGCAGGAAUCUGGCAUUACCAUCAUCAGGUGUUAACCAACGAUGUAACACACCCUGUCGUCUGUAAGGCUGCAGUUUCUCACACCUUGGCCAGCGCAAACAAUAGCUGAGGGACAUAUUCUGACACUCCUACUAUAAAAAUAGUUUAGGCCAUACACUGAGCAGAGACUGAUUGAGUAGAGUAGCUACCUCUUACUGUAAGAAAAAUGUACACUGAUUUGGGAUUUUCAAAAAUGAAUCCCUCCCUUUAAGAGGAUAUGUACGAAGAAUCCUUGUGACACUUUUUCUAAGAGCAAUUAGAUUUGCAAAAUGUCCCUAAAAGGUGUCUUUGUCUCUAACAAAUUCUUAGAAAAAAGAAGACGUAAUGGCUGCAGCCUGAGGGGCAUGAUACAUUUGUUGCAUUUAUCAUCCUUUUUUUUCACAUAGAGACGUUCUGUCUCUUUGAAAGGGAUGAUUUCACUACAGUGAAACAUUGCAUUAAAGCUUGAACUUUUAUAGGUUGGUUUUCAUUCCAUCAGAUCUUUGUAUCCAGUUACAGUUGUUGUUCUGUUACAGUGCAGUUUGUUUUCUGCAAUUCCAUGUUGGGAAAAAUGUAUUUAUUGUCUUUACAAGAAAACAUCAAGGUUUUAAAAGUCUAUUUUAGGUGAUUUGCUUUUGUUAACUUGCCUGUCUAUUAAAUAUGCUUGUAUUUAACACAAAGGAACUUAAAGUGUAGGAAGAAUAAAUAAAUUUUCUGUUUUGAAGUUGGUGCUGGUUUUUAGUGCUGAUUAUGUGAAGCAUCGUUGUAACAUGUUUCAGCCUCUGUGUAUUAAACCUACACUUUAAGGCUUACUUGGGGCGUAAGCAGGUUUUUAAGAGGGAUCUGUGCAAGUUGUUGAUGUUGGAAAAUGUACCAAAGAUAUUGUGAAAUAGGGAUCCUGUAUGGUGUCUUAAAGAAUGUCUGUGUUAAUGCCUCUGAAGUUACAUGAGUUUGUGUUUAUGUGUUUAACAAAAUAAAAAAAUGUUCUGCCAAGCACUUAAAUUAA